UGAUCUUAUAAAACAUAUGGCUUCAACUCAUAGGGAAGUCGACCAUGGGAAGCUUUCUUUCCUAAUAGUCAUCACAUUUUGCUUUGUUAUAGAUAGUACAUCUGCCGAAUGGUUGAAUCAUGGGGGCGACAGAACAAACAGUAGGUCAGCUAUUGGUGAAGUUUUGAUCAGUCCAAGAACAAUAAACAACUUGAAACUAAGGUGGAAAUUCUUGGCUGGAUUUGAUAUUACAGCAACACCAGCAGUAGCAAAUGGAGUAGUUUACUUCCCAUCAUGGAAUGGGAACUUGUAUGCAGUGAAUGCAAGAAAUGGAGGACUCAUAUGGCAACAGAAUCUUACAAGGCUCACUGGAUUGCCUUUAACAGGGAGAUAUGUGAAUGUGACAGUGUCAAGAUCAACACCAGUUGUGGCUGAUGAUCUUUUACUAGUGGGAAUUUAUGGACCUGCUGUUGUGAUUGCAGUGAGAAGGUUAACUGGAGCACUUGUUUGGAAAACUCAGUUAGAUCCCAGGCCUUUGGCUCUUGUCACUCAAUCAGGAACAGUUCACUUGGGUGGAUAUUUUGUCGGAGUAUCAUCACUGGAGGAACUACUACCAGCUGCAGAAUGCUGCACAUUUAGAGGCAGCCUUGUAAAACUAAAUGUUAGAACUGGUGCCAUUUUAUGGCAGACAUAUACACUACCAGACAAUGGCGGAAGACUGGACGGUUAUUCAGGGGCAGCGAUAUGGGGAAGCAGCCCUGCUAUCGACGUAGCCAGAGGAUUCGUCUACGUAGGAACUGGAAAUCUCUACUUAGCUCCACCGGAUGUGCUGAAAUGUCAAGCAGCACAGAACAACCGGACAACGCCACCAAGUACCACUGAUCAGUGUUUUGGUGAAGAUGUUCAUUUUGAUUCAAUUCUUGCACUGGAUGUGGAUACUGGAGAAACUGCUUGGGCCACACAGCUUGGAGGCUACGACGUUUUCUAUUUUGCGUGUUUGGUUCCUAAUAAUCCUGAUUGUCCACCAGGGCCUAACUUGGAUGCUGAUUUUGGAGAGGCGCCUAUGUUGUUGACUAUAUUUUCAAAUGGAAGAUUGCGCGACGUUGUGGUAGCGGUGCAGAAAAGUGGCUUUGCUUGGGCACUUGAUCGCAACACUGGCCAUAUUGUUUGGGUUAAGACAGCAGGACCGGGGAGCUUGGAGGGGGGAGGUGUAUGGGGUGCAGCGACAGACGGGAGGCGAGUUUACACAAACAUAGUCAAUGGAAACAGAGUUCCUUUCACCCUGGCACCUUCAACUCAAACAACAACAGCUGGUGGAUGGGUGGCAAUGGAUGCAAACACAGGCCAAAUCCUCUGGACCACUGCAGACCCUAGCAACGACACGGCCCACGGGCCGGUCACCAUAGUCAAUGGAGUUUUAUUUGCAGGAUCUGUGGCUCCUAAUGGGCCUCUCUAUGCCAUGGAUGCCAGUACUGGGAAAAUCUUGUGGUCAUUCAACACUGGUGCUACCAUAUAUGGAGGUGCAUCAGUUAGCUAUGGUUGUGUUUAUGUUGGCCAUGGAUAUUCAAUUGGUCUGGCUAAGUUCCAUCCUACUUGGAACAGUGGGACUUCACUCUUUGCCUUUUGCAUUGGGUGAAUGUACUUUCACUUUCUGAUAAGAGUUGUAAUGCUAAUAAGUUUCUCUACCUAAAGAUCAUGUUUCUAACACAUUUAACUAUCAACAUAACAUAGGCCAACUCAUUUAACU